CAUAGACAGCUCAGUUUUCUCGAGACUCUUCAUGUUUGAUUAACUUUGGAUAAGAUGGAAUUCAAUAUAAUAUCACUAAGAUUUUUCAUUUUAUUAUCAACGUCAUUAGUUAUAACUAACAGCGGAAGUGUGAGUGGUUUAAAAGGAUGGGCAGGAUCCCAUUUCGGACGAUCACCAAUUCUUGAGAGGUUCUCGUGGCAAAUGCUCGACUGGGCAUAUCCGGAUUUGAUGAGUCGAAACGCAGCGAUCGCAAGUGGCGAGUACAUGCCCGAGAAUGGACUUCCGGUUGGCAUCGAAAUCUGGCAGAAUAAACUUUUCGUUACCGUACCACGUUGGAAGGACGGCAUUCCAGCAACAUUGAAUUAUAUUUCUUUGGAUACUCACCGAGGAGGUUCACCCAAGUUGAAUCCAUAUCCUAACUGGGCUCAGAACAAAGCUGGUGAUUGUGAAAUUGGUCUCACCACAGCCUACAGAAUUCAUGCAGACGAAUGCGAUAGAUUGUGGGUACUUGAUACCGGAACCAUUGGCAUUGGCAACACAACAAUUCAAGCGUGUCCCUACACUCUUAAUAUUUUUGAUCUAACAACUGACAAAAUUAUUCGUAAAUACCCACUGAAACCCGACGACAUAAAUCAGAAUACCUUUAUUGCCAAUAUUGCUGUUGACUUGGGACCUGGAGGUUGUGAUGAUGCUUUUGCCUACAUGUCAGAUGAACUGGGUUAUGGUUUAAUUGUCUACUCUUGGAUGAAUAAUACAUCUUAUAGAGUAACCCACAGUUACUUCAUGCCAGAUCCUUUAGCUGGUGAUUACAAUAUUGGAGGACUUAAUUUCCAAUGGGGAGAAGAAGGAAUUUUCGGCAUGAGUUUGUCUCCUUUAACAAUCGAUGGGUACAGAAUCCUCUUUUUCCAUCCUUUAAGUAGCAACCGCGAGUUUGCGGUUUCAACAAAAAUUUUGAGAGAUCCUGAACUUGCAGCAGACAGUUACCAUGCAUUCCAGGUAUUGGCUGAAAGACCAAUGGGUCACUCUACAGCUUCAGUGAUGGACGAGAAUGGUCUUCAAUUAUUCAAUCUUGUUGAUCAGAAUGCCGUAGGCUGCUGGAACUCUUUAUUACCUUAUUCACCAGCCAAUCACGCAUUGAUCGCAAGACACGAUGAAGCUUUGAUAUUCCCAGCUGAUGUUAAGAUCCGACAUGGAGCCGUUUGGAUUAUAUCUGACAGAAUGCCUAACUUCUUACUGGCAUCACUUAACUAUUCAGAUGUUAACUUUAGAAUAUUAACCAUGCCUCUGGUUGAUGCAAUUGCUGGAACUGUGUGCGAUGACAUGCCUUGGAAAUUUCUAGCCACCAAUGUUUUAUCCUGGAAUCGAUAAAUUAUAAUUAAAAAUGAAUUUUAGACGAUGAUUAAAAUUUUUUAUGACAUUAUUGAAAAUCAUGGGUGUUUUGUUAACUAUAAAAUAUCAAAUAUAUAGCAGGUAGAACACAAAAUUUAAUUAUGAAAUUAUAAUUU